ACUCAGUCUGCAUGGCUCCUUGCGGCACCAACACGGCCUGUCCCGUGAAAGCUCAGACUACUGCCUGAGGUGGGGUGCUUUUUAGUUGUACUAAUUUGUCCCCGCUCCCAUCCACUCCAACCUUCUUUUUGCUUUCUCUCCAUACAACAACACUGCUUCCUUUUCUCUCCACCCAAACUAGCUUCAUAACUUCCCACUGACAACAAAACAAAACCAUCAUGUCCUCUGAAGGUGGCCCUCCGCGGGGACCUGGAAGAGGGGGUAACCGCAGCGGAGGAGGCCGCGGUGGUGGAGGCCGUGGAGGAGGCGGAAGAGGUCGUGGAGGAGGUGAUGGUGGAGGAGGCCGUGGAGGAGGCCGUGGUGGUGGUGGCGGCGGUUAUGGGGCAGGCAGAGGAGGAGGUGGCUAUGGACCCGGUCAUGGCCAAGGCCGCGGCUCAACCACCGACCUUCCCUUUCGUCCUCCUCCCGAUGGAGGCAAUCCUAGAGGUCGGGGUCAGGGAAGAGGUUUUGGUGGGGGCUAUGGCGGUGGAGGCAGAGGCGGUGGAGUCCAACCCCAGGUGUUUGCACCCAGUGGAAGUGUCCCCAUUCCUAAUAGUGAGGUCACGAAGACGGAAAACGCUGUGGCCGCAGCUCUAGCAAAGAAAGGGCCCAAGUCCACUGAAUGGCCAGAGCGGCCCGGAUUUGGCACGCAAGGAAGAAGCCUCACCUUGUACGCCAAUUACUUUGCGCUCACCUCAGUGGGCAACCAGCUAUAUCGGUAUCAUCUCGACAUUCAAGGCGACGCGGCCGGUAAGAAGCCGGCCGGCAAGAAAGCCCGUCACAUUGUGCGCUUGCUUAUCGAGGAACAUCUCUCGGAGCACCGGAGCCGAGUGGUGACGGAUUACAUGUCUACCUUGAUUACGAACAGUGAGAUCCUGCAAGGGAAUGAGACUGUGGAUUAUGAUGUUCGCUACCGUGAUGAAAACGAAGAGUACCCUGAGCAGCCAAAGGUCUACCGGGUGAAAUGUCAGAGCACCGGCACCCUGAGCCCGGGGGAGUUGUUGGAUUACUUGACUUCAUCGAAUGCGGCCGCCAUGUUUACGAAAAAGGCAGACGUCCUCCAGGCCAUGAACAUCAUUCUGGGCCAUCAACCCAAAAGUGAUCCGACCAUCUCUUCAGUGGGUGCAAACAAGCAUUUUGCCGUCUGCGGGGAGCGUCGCGAGCAGUGGAACUUGGGGAAUGGGCUGGAGGCUCUUCGCGGCUUCUUUGUCAGUGUUCGUGCCGCAACCGCGCGUCUGUUGGUCAAUGUGCAAGUAAAGUACGUUGCUUGUUACCAAGAAGGUCCGCUGAAACAGGUCAUCGAGGCGUAUCAACACUUUAACAGGCAGGCCAACACUCCCCGUUUCCUGAAGGGCUUGAGGGUUCGGGUCACCCACAUCAACAAAAAGAACAAGCAGGGCCAAUUGAUUCCGAGAAUAAAGCGCAUCGCCGGUGUGGCAACCAGGAGGGAUGGAUCCGCGUUGCCGUAUCCCCCUAAAGUGCCCAGGGAUGGCGCAGGGCCCGACACGGUGAUGUUCUUCCUAGAGAAACCCGUCGAGCCGGGGUCAUCGUCGCCAUCGUUGCAGCAGACUGCGCGUCCGAGUAAGAAGCAGCCUGCUAAGGCAGGGCCCUUGCCUGCUGGCAAGUAUAUCAGUGUUGCCGAAUUCUUCAAGAAUAUAUACGGAAUCAAUGUUGACUCCAGAAUGCCCGUUGUGAAUGUUGGGACCAAAGAGAAGCCCAGUUACUUGCCUGUCGAAGUGUGUCACGUCGAGCCCGGUCAGCAGGCAAAUACCAAGCUCUCACCCGAGCAAACCAAAAGCAUGCUCGAGUUCGCUGUGCAAUCUCCUAAGACCAAUGCCGAGUCGAUUGUGAUGCAGGGAAAGAAAGUGCUGGGUCUGGAAGGGUCCACGAACCCAACCCUUGAGGCAUUCGGUAUCCGGAAUGACCUCCAGUUGAUCACCGUACCUGGCCGCGUCCUCCAGGCGCCCAGUGUCCUGUACCGGAAUUCGGCAGGCUCGAACCAAACCGAAGCCAAGCUUAAUGCAGGCAGUUGGAACAUGCAGAAUAUCAAGUUUUCGUCCCCUUCCAGACUGCCUUCCUGGGCCAUGCUGCUGGUUAAUUACAUGGGCGGCAACCCAAUUUAUUCGGAUCCUACGAAACUCCCUGCUGCCGCCAUCACCAAAGCGUUCAACGAUGUUGGCGUGCAAGCGCCACCACCAAGUGCUGGCAAGUUGGUUGUGGUCGACAGGAGAUCUGAGGACGACAUGAAGGCGAAAAUAAGUCACAUCGUUUCCGACCUCAUGGCGACCCACAAGCCCCUACUAAUCCUGGUUGUCCUUCCGGCUCAAGACACCGUUCUCUAUAACUGCGUUAAGAGGGUCUGUGAUCUGGAUUAUGGCGUUCGCAAUGUCAACGUUCUUGCCAAAAACCUGUCGAAAGACCGAGGUCUCCCUCAGUAUCUGGCAAAUGUCGCCCUGAAGGUCAAUCUCAAAUUGGGAGGGGUCAACCAGCUCAUUGCGCGCACAGAGCUCGGCCUCAUUGGCGAGGGUAAGACAAUGCUCGUGGGUGUGGAUGUGACCCAUCCAUCCCCUGGUUCCUCGUCCAGCGCCCCCAGCGUUGCCGGCAUGGUCGCCUCCAUUGAUUCGUCUCUUGGUCAAUGGCCUGCGGAACUCCGAGUGCAAGCCAGCCGCCAAGAAAUGGUGGAUGAUCUGGAUGCAAUGCUGAAGGUUCACCUCCACCGCUGGGCCCAGAACAACAAGAACGCCUUCCCGGAGAACAUCAUCGUGUAUCGGGACGGUGUUUCUGAAGGCCAAUACGAACUCGUCGUGAAACAUGAGCUUAGCCGUCUGAAGGAAGCCUGCCGGCAAACUUACCCAGCCCCCGACACCGCGAAGGGUCUUCCCCGUAUCUCCGUCGUGGUGGUAGGGAAACGCCAUCACACGCGGUUCUAUCCAACCCAAACCAGAGACGCAGACCGCUUCUCCAACCCCCCCAACGGCACGGUUGUUGACCGUGGCGUGACCGAAGCCCGGAACUGGGAGUUCUACCUGCAGGCGCAUACUGCCAUCAAGGGCACUGCUCGACCGGCGCACUACUUCACCGUCUGGGAUGAGAUCUUCUGCAAACAGCCUGUGAAGGGCCCCCACAGGAACGCCGCCGAUGUCCUGGAAAGCCUAACGCACCAUCUGUGCUAUCUGUUUGGCAGAGCUACCAAGGCCGUCAGCAUCUGCCCUCCCGCCUACUACGCCGACCUGGUGUGCACGCGGGCCCGUUGCUACCUCAGCAACGUCUUCGACCAAGCCGAGACAGCAAGCGUGACCACCACCACCAGCGGCGCCACCGUGGUGGACAGCAAAGCUGUCACCAUCCACCAGAACGUGCGCGCCACGAUGUUUUACAUCUAAGCAGCCACCCAGGUUGGAAGCAAGAUCGCUCGUAUCAUAUCGGAUAUUGUGAAAGUACUCCCCUCCCACUGGUCCCACCAACCGUUCACAGCCAACCAACCAUUCAACAUUCUUGGUAUUUUCUCCAUCUUUUUGGGUAACCUCCAUGAAUGGUUGAUUCUUAGUACCUACGCGAUUGGAUCUAUCUUUCGCACUAUCUGAUGAUUUCGAGUUACCUUCCGACCCUCUCCCCCCCCCCAAGAU